GGUGCCUGCUAUAUAAGCUGAUAAUUAUGCAUUUGAAACGUUAGUACGACUUAAAUAAUCUGAAGAUGAGUGUUUCGUACACAGCGAUUCUUGCACUCCUGUGUGUUCUGAGCAUCGGAAGUUCUGCUCUAGCGUCCAGCCUCGAACAUGAUUUGAAAGAAGCUGCUGUCGAGACUCAAAUCCUCGUCAACAAAGCCGCCGUACAAUUUCUCAUUAAAUUAAUUGAAGUAAUUGAGGCCAAUAAGAUUUUACCUGAAGAGGACCUUCCAAAGUGGCAUGCAUAUGCUGUUCAGUUAAAAUCUUGGAAUGUUACCAUCGAAACCAAUUAUACUAAACCCCAACACAGUCUUCUGUCUCAGUCACCACAAGAAGCGUAUAGAAAAUUAAAUGAAUAUUCGAAUGGUGCCUACUCCAAAAUUCUAUCCGAUCUACGUAAACUCACCGCUCAAUAUUAUACGGCUUUCCAGAUUAAAGCAUCUAAUAUUAUAAAUGCAGCAAAAGAAUCCGGAUAUACCAAUAACAACGUGGACAUGACAUUUGCCAAAUUGUCUACGUCAGAAGGCGAUCAACAACAAUUCUAUUUCGAUGUUUUACUAUCUUCUCUAACUAGGGGUGAAGCAAAGUGAAAAAUUUGAAAAUAAAAUUAAAUUAUGCAGUAUAUUGAUUAGCCAUUUGCAAGUGUGCAUGCGAAAAAUGUUUUUGGAUUGAUUUUUGUUAAGACCAUUUAAUUAUCAGUCCCAAGCAAUAUAUGAAUAUUAUUUGUUUUAUAA